AGCGCCAACUGUCAGACUCAGUGGGCAGAAGAAGAAAACAACCCCGUCUUUAUUGCCAAAGAAAUUUUUCUCGCAAACGUUUUUGCAAAUACAAUUCAAGAAUAGCUAUAACAAAAAUACAAAAAGAAAAAAGCAUUGCGGAUUUAGCGGAAUGUGCAAAAGUUUUUGGUAAAUAACAUAACAAGUCUUUAGCCAGAUCAAUUUAAUUGCGAAUAUUAUGUCGUCCAUUAUAACGCGGAAGGAUGCCGAAAGCGCCGAAAAUGCCGACGAACACAAAACGAAAUCAGCUUCAGCAUCGGCAAACAAACGCAGCGCUGUCUCCAACGAUGUCGGCCUCGAUGUGGCUGCUGCUGCUGCCACUGCACCCAAGAAGUCGCGUUUCGAUGUCAAGCAAUCGAAUGGCGCUAGCAUACCCUUACCCAGCACCCUGCCCGACGUUUCCACCUCCUCCUCCGCCUCGAUAAGCUCGACACAAAUCAAGCUGAUGAUGGCGCAUGCGCAGCGCGAGAUUGAGGAGCGCAAACGGGCGUUGAGCAAUCUGCGCGACAAGGAUCCAGAGCUGGCAUCACUGCCCCAGAUCGGUAUGUCCGUCGCACGGGCAACGCAGGCGCUGGCGAAGAAGCCAACGCCCGAGGAUUCGGAUAAGGCGAAGAAGAUUGCCGAAUUGCAGGCGCAGAUACGCGCCAAGCUAACGGGCAAUUUGGCCAAUCUUAUACAGCAGCAGCCAACGGCGGUUGCAGCUGCUGCUGCCGCUGCCGCCCAGCAACAGCAGGAGCGACCCAAACCGUUGAUCCUGGACGAUGAGGGACGCACCGUGGAUAAGAGUGGACGUGCCAUCAAUAUACCCACAGUGACGCCCACGCUCAAGGCGAACAUACGCGCCAAGAAGCGCGAGGUGUUCCAGCGACAGACGACGGGCAACGAGGCGGGCGGCAGCCAUAGUCACAGUCACAGUGGUGCUGGUGCUGGCGCUGCGCAGGAUGAUGCGGCACAGUAUUUCGAUGAGCGCAUCGCUCUGAAGCCGACGGUGCGCAAUAAGCGCAUGUUGCGCUUCCACGAGCCCGGCAAAUUCCAGCAGCUGGCCGAGCGGAUGCGCAUGAAGUCGCAGCUGGAGCGGCUGCAGAAUGAGAUUUCGCAGAUCGCCAGGAAGACAGGCAUCUCGUCCGCGACGAAACUGGCACUGAUUGCGCCCAAACAGGACAUGCCCGACGAUGUGCCAGCAAUGGAGUGGUGGGAUUCGGUCAUACUCAGCCAGGAUCUGCAGACGGUGGAUGAGGCGAGCGGCAAGAUUAGCAUACGUCAAACGGCCAUCAGUAAUCUCAUCGAGCAUCCCACACAAAUGAAGCCGCCAAAUGAGCCACUGAAGCCCGUCUAUUUGCCCGUCUUCUUGACCAAAAAGGAGCGCAAAAAGUUGCGUCGCCAGAAUCGCCGAGAGGCCUGGAAGGAGGAGCAGGAGAAGAUACGCUUGGGUCUCGCGGCGCCGCCCGAGCCCAAGUUGCGCAUCUCGAAUCUGAUGCGUGUGCUGGGCACGGAUGCCGUGCAGGAUCCGACCAAGAUCGAGGCGCAUGUACGCGAACAGAUGGCCAAGCGGCAGAAGGCGCACGAGGAUGCCAAUAAUGCGCGCAAAUUGACCAGCGAACAGAAGAGCGAGAAGAAGCAACGCAAACUGAAGGAGGACACCAGCUGCGGUGUCCAUGUGAGCGUCUAUCGCAUCCGUGACCUGCAGGACAAUCAGAGCAAAAAGUACAAAGUGGAGACGAAUGCGAAGCAAUUGCAGAUGACGGGCAGCGUGGCGCUCUUUCGUGAUUGCUGUGUUGUCGUCGUCGAGGGUGGCCCGAAGCAGCAGAAGAAAUAUCGCCGCCUGAUGCUGCAUCGCAUCAAGUGGGAGGAGGACGUGGUCAAGGGCAACGAUGGUCAGGAUGUGGCCAAUACUUGUGUCCUCGUCUGGGAGGGCACCAGUCAGCGUCGCCAUUUUGGCGAAAUCAAAUUCAAAAUCUUUCCCAUGGAGAAAAUGGCACGCGAAUUCUUUCAGAAACAUCAGGUGGAGCACUACUGGGAUCUGGCCUAUUCGGGCGCCGUGCUCGAAGCAUCCGCGGAUCAGCAGUAGCAAGGCAUACGCAGGAAUUCCCAGUCAAUUCCCAGCAUUUUAGAUCACGAAAUUUUGUUGAAAAAAACUUUAGAUAUUUAAGCCUAAAAUUACAAACAAUUCAGUUUUAUGUACA